UGCCAUUCACUGAUUAAUGCGAAAUCAUAUGAAAAAUAUAUCACAUCAAUUGUUUAGUUGUCUUUAUUUCACAUUUCAGUUGAAUUGUUGAGUUUAUUUUUCAGGCAGUCAACUCAUCAUGGAUUCAGUAAAAUUUGAUUACCCUGAAUCUCAACCUCCAGUUACAACAUAUCAACCAGUUCCACCGCCGCCAUAUGCUGUUGCACCUCCACCGCCUGGUCUUGUAUCUCAUCUACCAUCAGCCUCAGUUCAGACAGAGGAACGAGUUGUUACUAUUGGUACUACUGCUAGUAAAUUUGGACCUUAUUCUCAGAAUGUGUUUUGUCCAUCAUGUAGACAAAUUACUGCCACUUCGAUUAGAUAUAAAACUGGGGUAGUAACCUGGUUAACCUCAGCGGGUUGUUUUCUGCUCGGUGGUGUCAUUGGCUGUUUUCUAAUCCCUUGUUGCACUGAUUUUACGCGAGAUGUUGAACACUCUUGUGUCAAUUGUGGACUGAAAGUCGGUUUAUAUCGACGAAUCUGAGAAAUUAACUCCCACUUUUUAAAUGAAAAUGACUGGAUGAAAAAAUUAAUGAUCACUUGAAAAAAACACUUUUAUCAUGAUUGUCAUAAAAUUUAUGUAAUCAUUUACACAGUUUCUUCAAUUAAAUAAAUAUAGUGAACACAUAUAAAUCUCGGGCUGAGGGAGUGCGAUUCUAUCUCCCGCCAGGAGUUUUUUAAACUACACACCCUUUAAAAUGUACAAA